AUGACUUCUCCAGGAGAUUCCAUCAACAACCCAAUCGUGCUGGAUGACCCAUCUCAAAUGUCAUCAACACUCGCCGAGCUUGGUCCAACACUUCUGAAUACUUCAUCUCGGGAAUCUUCAACCUUCUCUGACCCUCCAAGCCGGCUUCCUACGCCAGAGGCGCUCCGAGAGAGCAAUGACCCGCAAGAUGAUGAAAAGUCCACCAUCGUUGUUGAGUUGCCCGAUUCAGCCAACUCUGAAUCUUCAGAGGACUCUGUCUACGAAUCAUGCCACUCAGAGUUUGAGGAAGACUCCAAACAGGAAGAAGAAGAACCCAAAAGAACACAAAAGCGUCCACAAGCUCCGACCAAUCGUCUCUAUCAGACUUCUCGCCCCGAGAGUCCACGAAGGAAAGCCGAGUCAGCCAGGAUGAUUGAACGGGAGCGUCGAAGAAAAGAAGCUAUGCAAGCAAAGAUUCUUGAGCGAAAGAGUCGAGCCAGAGAAGCUAAGCGAGCAAAGCUUCUUCUUGACCGAAAGCUCCGGGCAAGAGAAGCCGAGCAAGCAAACAUUCGUGAUCAACAGCGCAGGGCAAUAGAAGCCCAGCAAGCAGAGAUUCGUCAACGGGCCCAACAAACACGAAUAGCUGAAGACGAUGGGACUCCAUUUCAAAGACAUCGGAACUGGGUCCUCAAGAGCAGGCUUCUCGACCGUCCUACUACUCGCCUUCACCCCGCUCGUCCUGGACCCAUCGCCUCAAACGAUCCAACCCGCUUUCAACAGCCUGAUAUCAUGCUCCAGGACAGCCACGCCCGUAGUUUCGUGCACCAGGUUUGGAUCAGUCCAAGUAAUAUGCCGUUCCCAGCGCCGCCCGAGGGAUGCAGAACUCAAGAGGACUUGGUGGAAUACAUAGCUGAUUGCCAGAAAGAGCGAAAUCUCUGGCUUAAGAGAGUUAAGAUUGACAAGCCAACGAGGCGCGCUGAUGAGAUAAUAUAUGCUGAGUAUGGUUGGAGACCGGAUGAAAAGAGGUGGAAUUGGAGUAUUGUCUACGUAGAUGAAGAUGAUGAGGAAGAGCAGGAGGAAGCUGAUGUAGAAGAUGAUGGCCCUCCGAAGAAAAAGAAGAAGCAGAGGAGAGAUGAGCUUCUGGAGGUGGAUGGAUUGAAGACUUGGUUCUAG